AUGAAAUAAAGUUAGUAUAUAAUUACGAGAAAGUUAGAUAAACAAAAGGAAUCCCUUAAAGAAUUACAUUAAGAGGAAAAUUGUUAGAAUUAAUAAAAUUAGUAAGUGCUUUUUCCUUUUUCUCCCCCUUUCCUAUUCAAUAGUAAAUAAAAGCCACCUCCAAAUAAAGGCAAAAUUCAUUAAGAUUUUGAAUUUUAGAAAUAGAACUAGCCUAAUUUAAUAAAAAUUCAAGAAGUUUAGUAAGACUUCACGAAGAUAAAUAACCUUUCAUUGGAAAUUUGCAGUGCAUGCCUUUUACCAAAGUAAGCAGAUCAUCAAUGUAAUGAUGAGUAUGGAUUAAUUUCAUGCCCAUAUUGUGGUGAUCACAUAGUUCGAAAUUUUCUGAAUGACCAUCUAGAUGACUGUAUACCUUACAUAGAAAAUCAAUUCAAGAAUUUAGAAACUGUAGAAGAAUGCAGUAUAUGCAUGUUAGAACUAACAACAGAUUUGUAGACUUUAAAUUGCACUCAUUCGUUUCACAAAGCUUGUAUUGAUGCUUGGAAGGCAAAGACUUAAGAAUGUCCUGUUUGUAGAAAACCAAUUUGA